CUGGGUGCGUCCAGGCCACCGCUGUACCCCUGCAUGCUUCGCGGAUCGGUAUAGUUCCCCAGCCUGGAGGUUGGGGUCCACUGCACCACUCCAACCUCCGAUGACUCAGCCUAACACACCAUCAUCAGUGUGCUCGGCGCUGUCUUCCCGACUCUGAUUGGCCUGAGUGAUAUCAUGGUGCUUAAAGGUAAAAGGUUAUCUGGGAAAGGUGGAAGUACGCCACCUGGAAAGAGCAGAGUUAAAAAGUUUGACAGAUCUAAAAAUGUUUCAUCAGGUGAACCUGGGAAAGGCAAUUCAAAGUUCAAGUCUCAAAAGUUUGAGAAGAAGGCAAAGUUUAAUACCACUGGAAAAGUGAAAAAAAUUAAGGGACAACAGCAAACUGGAAAAAAGAGGAAGCAAUUGAGUGAAAAUGAAGAGGGAACGGCUGGAAAGAAACCCAAGUGGAAUGAUUUCAAAAAACAAAAGAAGGAACUAAAAGUGAACAGACAACAGGACAAGAAAACUAAUUAUGAUCUAAUAAACCGAUCAAAGCAGAUCUGGGAAAGUGUAAGAAGAAAAGACUGCAGUAAAGAGAAAAAAGCAGAACUUAUGAAAGAAUUGCAGGAUCUAGUCCAUGGAAAUAUUAAAAAUAUUGCAUUUUCACAUGAUUCUGCCCGAAUAAUCCAGUGUUAUCUUCAGUUUGGUGAUGAAGAACAAAGGCAAGAGGCCUUUGAGGAGUUGAAAGAGCAUCUGAUUGCCUUGAGUAAAUCCAAGUAUGGCAGACAUAUUGUGAAAAAAAUUCUAAUGUAUGGAAAUAAGAAACAAGUAGCUGAGGUAAUUAAAAGCUUCAAAGGUGAAGUGAAGAGGCUGCUGCGACAUUCCGAGGCAUCAGCGGUUGUGGAAUAUGCGUAUAAUGACAAAGCAGUAUUAGAACAAAGGAAUAUGUUAACUGAAGAGCUAUAUGGAAAUACAUUCAUGAUUUGCAAGUCAUCAUUUUGUUCAACAUUGGAUAAAGUGCUGGAGUCUAAUCCUGACAAACGAGAAGGAAUAAUGGAAGAAAUGAAAAAGAUCCUCACACCUAUGGCACAAAAAGAGGCAGUAAUAAAGCACACACUGGUACACAAAGCAUUUUUGGAUUUCUUCACAUACUGUCCCGACAAAAUGAGAACGGAAAUGAUUGAAUCGAUGAGAGAAGCAGUCAUCUACAUGGCACAUACGCAUGAUGGGAGCAGAGUAGCCAUGCAUUGUUUAUGGCAUGGAACACCCAAAGAUAGAAAAGUUAUUGUGAAGACAAUGAAGACAUAUAUUGAGAAGAUUGCUACUGGUGAAUUUUCUCAUUUGGUUCUCAAAGCAGCAUUUGACUGUAUAGAUGAUACAAAACUUGUAAAACAGAUAAUUCUGUCAGAGAUUAUCAGUUCCUUGCCAAAUUUAAUCAACAAUAAAUAUGGCAAGAAGGUGUUGCUCUACCUACUAAGCCCAAGGGACCCUGCACAUAAUGUGCCAGAAAUUAUUAAGCUUCUACAACAAGGUGAUGGCAAUGCUCACAGUAAGAAAGAUACAAGCAUUCGUCAUCGUGAGCUGCUAGAAGCCAUCUCACCACAUUUGCUGCAGUAUUUGCAGGAGAAUGCACGUGAUAUGGUGAUGAAUAAAGCCACAAGUGUCAUUGUGGUAGAUAUUCUUGGCUGUGCCAUUGGCGAUGUGCAGCCUUCCAUGAAUGCUAUAGCUAACAUCGCUGCAGAACCUUUUAAGCCUGGAGGCAACAAUGGCGAGCCCCAUAUGGCAGAGCAUCCAGCGGGUCACCUUGUCCUUAAAUGGUUAAUAGAGCAAGAUAAAAAGAUGAAAGAACUUCAAAAGACAGAAUGCUUUGCCAAAACUUUAGUGGAGCAUGUUGGCAUUAAGAAUCUGCAGACCUGGACACAAGUAAACCGUGGAGCAAUUGUACUUUGCAGUCUUCUUCAAAGUAACAAUGACGAUGUAGCCCUCGAAGUGAAGAAAGGUUUAAAGGACCUUAUUCCCAAGUUCAAGAAAAUGAAAAAUGUGAAGGGUGUGGAAAUAUUGUUAGAAAAAUUGACUGCCAGUAGUGUAAAGCCCUGAUUAAAAGCAGCUGAAAACAAAUUUGUGAAACUUUAGACAAAAGCUAAUUGACUGUUUAUUACUAUAAACUUUUGUAUAUUGGAAAGAGAAUAGCUAUUUUCUUCACAAUGUUUGUUGCGUCAGACAAACUAUUCCAUUAGGCUCUACAUUUCACCGAAUGAUGUCUUCAAGAGAAUCUUGGAAAUGUUGUAAGGUACAGUUGUGCCGUCUUGGUGCACCAGCGCCUUCGAGGUGGCUUUUGGAGCAAUGAAGCUUCUGUCGUCUUGAAUUUGCAGUACAUUGCAGUUUAUAAUUGAUAGAUUUGUGAAUUAAAAGCAAAAAAAAACUGAAUUUUAAAAUUAAUAAUUUCUUUUAAAUAUAAAUUAUUUGGGAAGACUAGAUGCUACCAACUACCAACCUUUUUAUUGCUCGUUAUAUAAAUCAUGUUUGGGAAAGUUUUACCUAUUCUACUUUUAUAAUUGGAUGCUAUUAUUCUUAUGUAAUAAUAGUAAAAUGUUUCAUUUAUUUAUGUAAAAAUAA